UAGAAAUUAGCAGGAGCAAUGAAUAAAGAGUUUAUCACGCAGGGUGGCACACCCAUAACCGCUGAAUUGGCCACGGAACUACGAAAUCUUGUCUUUGGCACAUCAGCCAUACCCAUGAGAGCUGAAUGGCUACAGACAUCCUUCAUCUUUGGUGCACCCAAAGAGGAAUUGGCAUAUGGACUGCGUUCACCCCGAAAUGCCACACGUGGCCUGCUCUCUGUUGUCCAGGGAUUUGUACUCAAGUAUUUGCUAUUCGCACGAAAGACGAAUCGGGCUGCCUCCAUGACCGAUCCCCUGUUGGCCACCGCUGAGAUGCAACGAGAGGCUCUAUUCUGUGCUUUGGUUGAGAUAAUGCGUACAAUUUCGGACAAAGGAAAGGUUACCAUGGUAUUACCCUCGGAGGAUGAGGUGUUUGUGGAUCAUAGUGCCAGCUAUUUUCAUGACUCGGUAACCGAGAAGCUAUAUGUCUUUACCUUAUCGCCCAAUGAUGAACUGGAGCAUUUUAUAAAACGAAAUUUUAAAUACUUUUCAGAAGAGGAGACACCGGGGACUCUGCUGUUUCUUUAUAGCGCCGUUCUCACACGAUCGAUGGGAAAGGUGCGAACUGAUUUGGAUUCGAAAUCUCCUUUGACCAUGAGCAAUCAUGAGGAAGGCUCACUAAUGAUUGUGACACUAUUGUUGACUGGCCGUGCCACGCCCUAUAUACACAAUGGCGUGAUUAAUGUGGGCGAUGAGAGUAGUUAUGCUGUGCCACAAUAUGGAGUAUUAAAACGUUGCAUGAUCGGUUUGCUACUUUGGGAUAUCGAAUCGUCCAGUGCCGCUGUCAAUCAAUCCCGUCAGCCGGGGUCACGUCUGAAAACUCCAAAUUAUCCCAUUUGGAUAACCAGCUGUACGGGCCAUUAUGGUGUCAUCUUUAAUAAAAAUCCGGAUCUAUUACGAAACUAUCAUGCUGAAUCACGUUUCGAUGUGAAUUAUUAUAGCUGUUCGGGUCAUCAGAUAUUGAUGACCAUCGAUAAUCGUACAUACAAUGAGCAAGCAUUGGUCAUGUUGGAGCGGCAACCAAUCACACCGGAUAGUACCUCGCUGUCGGGCAAAACGGCCAACAAGGAUGAGCUGCCUGCUUCUGCUGCUGCUGCUAUAUCUGGUGGUGGUGGUGGUGGUGCUGCCGGUGUUGGUUCGGCUGGCGCUAGCGGCGGUGUUGGUGGUGGUGCUGGUGGCACUAGCAGUGGCAACGAUACUGUCGCCGUCGGCAAGGAGGAGUCAACGCUGAAUACGCCAUUGCAGCGCUUGAUUCAUACCAAGUGGGAAGAGGCAACUAUAAGCUUUCACGUGCAGCCAUCGAUGUUGAGUUAUCUUUUUAGUACCACACAGUAGAAUGGCUAGAAUGACAAAAACCAAAACCAAAAACAAGCAACAGAAAAUCUUAAUGGAAUCGUCCUAAUACACACAAGAUAAAGAUAUAGUUUAAAUCCAGGUUCAUAUAUAGUAUAGGUAAAGCAAGUCAGGUGGUUGUGUAGGAUCGAUGCCAAAACCCAAAAACCAAAGAACAAAAUUCAAAUAUAUG